ACCACCCUACUGGGCGAGGUCUACCCACAAUACAACUAACAAAAUACGAAAAGAGGAAGAGAGAGGGGGGGUUCAGAAUCCUUUGGCAUGAAAUGAGUAGCCUUUACAUUUAAAAUAGAGUGUUCUAAAAGGGGAAUAUAUUCGAAGAAACACUCAGAGUCAAACAGACACUCAUGCUUUCACUCAUGCACGCGCAUACCCAAACACACACCAAAAUCCAUCGCUUUGUUUUUCCCAGCUUUAUGGUGGUGGUAGUCUGCCAUUAGGAAUUUGGAGCGGUGAGAGGAGGGGCGUUUGUGUAUGUGUGAAGGAGCAGUCGGUCUCCUCCCCUCGUCUCCCCCCGCCCUCUCGCGCCCCCCAUGCCUUUGUGUGCGCGAGGCUCUCUGCUAGCGGCGGUUCUUCAAGUGAGAUAUCGGUUCGUAUCUGAGCGCUGUUUGGGUGGGCUGUUCGAACAUAGCGUGGCUGACUGGGACUGGGGUGAACCGGUAGAAGGCACGUGAAACCUCGGAGUUUAUUCACACACGCGCGAUCAGAAGGGAAAAUAACGAAGACAUAUCGAAUAUAGGACUUUCCCCUUUCGUCUUACCCAUCUAUCAUUCUCUAUCCGUGGAGAAUCUGACCAACCAAAACCACCUGAUGUGUGUGGAUGUGUGUUUUGGGGGCGUAAAACAACUGGCAGCGCGUGAAGAUGGAUUAACGUUUGAACGGAAAACUGGAGCAGCACACUAGACCUCGGCGAGGGGGGAGGGCAAGACGGGCCUCUGCUAACACACACAACCCGCGGGACAGAGACUCUGAUUGGACCAACACCAGGAUGAUGUCGUCACCAAAAGCCAAGACCAAGAAGAAACCUCCCAAAGACAGCAUGACACUUCUACCAUGCUUCUACUUCAUAGAGCUCCCCAUCGUCCUCUCCUCCCUAGUCUCUCUCUACUUCAUGGAGUUGACAGACCUGUUGUCCCCGGCGACCCCUGGGUUCCAUUGCUAUGACCGUGACCUGUCGUUGCCCUACCUGGAGACAGGAGACGAACUGGUCCCUCUGCUGAUGUUACUGAGCCUGGCCUUCGCAGGACCGGCUGCCUCGAUCAUGCUGGGUGAAGGGCUGGUGUAUUGUUACCAGUCCAGAGUCAAACAGAGUAAAGCUGAUGGAUCCAUCAUCGCUGGAGGGUGUAACUUCAACUCCUUCCUACGGAGGACUGUUCGCUUUGUUGGUGUUCAUGUGUUUGGUCUCCUGGCAACUGCCCUAAUGACGGACAUCAUCCAAUUGGCUACUGGUUAUCCCACCCCUUUCUUCCUGACUGUCUGUGAGCCCAAUUACACGCUACCUGGGAUGUCAUGUGACCAGAACAACUACAUCACACAGGACAUCUGCUCUGGGAAAGAUCUGUAUGCCAUCCUGUCAGCCAGGAAAACAUUUCCGUCCCAGCAUGCAACGCUCUCUGGCUUUGCUGCUGUCUACAUCUCUAUGUAUUUGAACAGUGUGAUCAGCAGCAGUACUAAGCUGGUGAAGCCAGUGCUGGUGUUUGGAUACUGUCUGGCUGCAGGCAUAGCCGGACUGACUCAGAUCACACAACACCGCUGCCAUCCCAGAGACGUCUAUGUUGGCUACGCCAUGGGAGCUGGCAUAGGAGUCUACCUGUCUCUGUAUGCAGUAGGUAACUUCAGGUCAUCCGAGGAGGACUGCCUCCCCCAGCCUGUCCGGAGGGCUGCCUCCCCCCCCCAGCAGCAGAGGGAGGUGGUGGUGAGGGGAAGAGCCCAGAGAGGUCAUGUUUCUCAGCACAGCUCUCUGUACCGCAGUAAGACCCCCAGACCAUCAGACAGCAGGGAAGAACUGGGGACUGGACGCUGCAAGGUUCGUAGGGAGAAGGCCAGCGUAGCAUCUCUGAAGAGGGCCAGUGCUGACGUGGAGCUCCUGGCCCCCCGCGGCCCCAUGGGAAAGGAAACCAUGGUAACAUUCAGCAAUACCUUACCCCGCGUCGCCAACGGCAGCAGCAGCACCUCGCCCCCCGGAGACGACCCAUCCAACCAGCGUCACAUGACCUUCCACCUGUCCUUCGACCCCCGCAGGUCACAACCAAGGCUGCGACCGCCGCUGGUGCAGGAGUGGAGACAGCAGCGCUCUACGGAGAGACGGAGCGAGGAGGAGGGAGAGAAGGACACAUCUGGCGGAGGAGAGGGAGGAGCAGGAGGAGGGGGUGAGGCAGGGGAGACAGGGGUGAUGAAUCCUCCCUCCCUCUAUCCGACGGUACAGUCGGCCAAUAGAGCCGUUGCCACGGCUACCCCAGCGCCAGCCCCACUAGUGCAUAUCCCUAAGGAGGGGAUUAGACACCCCCCUACUGUCUCCCCUCUACCUCCUACGGUCUCCCCUUUGCCUCCUUCUGUCUCCUCUCUACCUCCUACGGUCUCCCCUUUGCCUCCUUCUGUCUCCUCUCUACCUCCCCCCGUCUCUCCUAAGAGCGCGGUGACCCGUGCCAAGUUGAUGUCACUUAACCAGGGAGGGGAACGAGCCAGGGAGGGGCCUAUCCCUGUGACGACUCCGCGUGUGCCCACCCAGCCGCACAGUCAGCCGCGAGUGGCGCAGGUCAUUGCCAUGUCCAAGCAGCAUGGACCAAUCAGCUCCUCUGCCAAGGGCUCUGACUCCGCCUCUUCCUGUGGGGGAGGGUCUUCAACAGGAAGCUCUGAGUCUCCGUACUACCGUGUCCCCUCCGACCGCGACAGCCACACCGGGAGUGUUACCGGGAGCGUUACCGGGAGUAUUGUCACCAUAGACGCUCACGCCUCUCAUCACCCUGUGGUCAGGGUGUCUAGCAGUGCCAGUACCGGGAGUAACGGGACCCCAGGGGCUAGAGUAACAGCUGCCGGUAACGGGACCCCCUGGGAGCGGAGGAACACCACCAGCGGAAGCCUGGGGAGCGUCGGUGAGCAGGGCCAGAGGGGGGCGCUGCAGCGCCAGGAGAAAGUCACCGCACUGGAAUAUCGGGAAUACCGCACACUUCCUGUGAAAUCAAACUCUAUCUGCUCCUCCUCUCCCAGCGAGACAGAUUCCACCACCCUGCCUCCCCCUCCUCACCCCUACUCCUCUCCACUCCCUCCCUUCUCUUCCUCUUCCCUGCCUCCCCCUCCUCAACCCAUCUCCUCCCCCCUCCCUCCCCAUUCUCCGCCCUCCUACUCCCCCCUCCCUCCCCCUCCUCCCCCCUUCUACUGCCCCCUCCCUCCCCCUCCUCAUCCAGAUCUGCUGUUGGACAGUUACCCCCCCCCCCUCCCCCGAUCUAUGACCCUCCCCCGCCGGCCCACUGUCUCACCCCACAGCCGCGCUGAUCAAGAAGUCUAUUACAAGACCAUGCAGACGGAGAGGAGAUUAUAAUGCGACAUAGAGGUGUUAUAAUAGACAGUAACACUAUUAAAAACAGACCACGAGGUCAGAAGAGAACAUAGGGGACCUUACAGUGCGAGAGGUUAUAAGACGACAUAGAGCAGUUAAGAUAGACAGUAGUACCACUACAUAACCAUACAGUCAGGUGACAUUAUUAAAUGUAACACAUUUUGGGGAGCCCUAACAGUCAGGGGAAGUUAUUAAAUGUAACACAUUUUGGGGAGCCCUUACGGUCAGGGGAAGUUAUUAAAUGUAACACAUUUUGGGGAGCCUUAACAGUCAGGGGAAGUUAUUAAAUGUGACACCGUUUGGGGAGCCCUAACAGUCAGGGGAAGAUAUUAAAUGUAACACAUUUUGGGGAGCCCUAACAGUCAGGGGAAGUUAUUAAAUGUGACACCGUUUGGGGAGCCCUAACAGUCAGGGGAAGUUAUUAAAUGUGACACCGUUUGGGGAGACCUAACAGUCAGGAGAACUACUACAUGACUUAAAUGAGUGAGAGGAGGUUAUGAGAUGACUUAGGAGUUAAAAUGUAAUAUAAUGGAGGUUAUAACUUGGCGUAGAGGAGUCACAAUAACCAAGAACACUACUUCAACACUGAGAAAGGGUCCAGAUGGAAACAGACAAAUAGCUGUUCUACAAGACACUGCAGAGCAGGAGAAGGACAUGAGAUGACUUAAAGGAGUUAAGAUGUGACAUAACAGCAGAACUACAAGACACUGCAGAGCGGGAGAAGGACAUGAGAUGACUUAAAGGAGUUAAGAUGUGACAUAACAGCAGAACUACAAGACACUGCAGGGUUAGACUUGGGAGGACUGUUAAGUCAAGGUCUAACAGUAGUGGAGGUUAUAACGCGACAUAGAACACUGCUAAGUCUAACAGUGGAGGUGGAGCGUGUCUGACCGAAGGUCUUCAGGAGCAUGGAGACUGGAUCACUAAAGACAACAGAAACAAUAGCAGCUCUAGUCGUUGGUUUACCACCGACUACUAUCUGACUAGAAUACAACUAUACUGACUAUACUCACCAGCUGUACUAUACUAUACUGUAUAUAGCAUCUCUCUCAGGUUUCCACUGACUUACUGUAGAGACGAAGAAGAGGAGGGGAAAAGGAGGAAGGAAAGGGAACAUCUUGGAGAGGAUUACUACAGUAAACAAAGAGGGGGAGACAAAGACUGGAGGGGACAAUUGGCUUAACAAUGUGAACAGAUCCACACACACACACACACACACACACACACACACACACACACACACACACACACACACACACACACACACACACACAGCCGCAGGAAGUAGUUUGGUGGUGGGGGUCCGCGCUACAGACCGCUAACACAGUGCACUACUUUCAGGAAAAUAUUUUUUUUGGAUUUUAGAUAUGAUUUUUAAUACACACACACACACACACACACACACACACACACACACACACACACACACACACACACACACACACACACACACACACACACACACACACACACACACACACACACACACACACACAUAGCCGCGGGAAGUAGUUUGGUGGUAGUUUGGUGGUGGGGGUCCGCGCUUCAGACCACUAACACAGGAAAAUUUUAUUUUUGGAUUUUAGAUAUGAUUUUUAAUACACACACACACACACACACACACACACACACACACAGACACACACAGACAGACUCAACCAACCACCUCCAAUUGUAUAAAAUUACAUGCAAUAAUAUAAAUUAUUUUUAAGCUCAUUUGUUGCUAAUCAAAUCCCCACAGACAAUACAAUAAGAUACAUGGUGACAAAAGACUGUAUAGACUUGUGGGUGUGGUCUGUGUGCAUCGGUUGCCUAGUAGCAGAAUGACUUGUUCUGUAGUGGAUAUCCUCUUUUGAUAAUAGAACUGUUGAGUACUGGUGUUUAGUCUGCAUGUGUAUGUAUGUGUGUGAGAGUGUUUCUGUCUUGCAUGUGUGUUUAUGUGUGUGAAUGAGUGUAUUCUACUUCAUUGUGUUUCUAUGAACGUGCAUUAUGACUUCUAAGAAACAGAAAUGUCCUUUAUUUACCCUCUUGUUUUUAUUACCAAUGUAAAUACUAAUAUUAUAUUACUGUCCUUUUUCAUGGGCUACUGUUUUUUUUUAAACUUGUGUUUCCAGGUAAUGGUUAUAAAGUCCUUGACUAAGGAAACGUC